UUACUUUCUGUGAGCGGCCGUGUUCACAACUACGUGCACUAUCAAGCGAAGCCUGUCAAAGUUAUUCUAAGAGCGCAACCAGUGCUCCGUAAGCCGAUUCUCUACGCUAUCGGAUUUACUUUAAAUAUAACCUCCGUCCUAUCCUCAGCCACGGGUUUCGCUAUUUAUUCUCAUACUAUUGACUUCUGCACUUGCGGGUGAACAUCCCGAGGAGCGGUCAAAAUAGAUCGUUCAGGGUGCCCUGGAAUCUGUGGCCCGCAGGCCGCGACCACAGCAACCCUGUCUUUCUCAAGCUUCCGAAAUUCAUUUACCUCCAAUGUCAAUUACCUGAAAAGAAGCUCAGCGGAGGCGUUGCGCAGAUUCAGUUCGGGAGACCUGCAGUCCGAGUGCGAUGAAGGCGAAGUGGAUCCUUACACCGGCCGACCGGCCACCACAAGCCAGCCCAAGCCGCAGAAUCAGAGGCCGGCCUCCCAGGCAACUGGUGGCAGCAUGGGCAGUGGGACCGCACCACCAGCUCCUAGCACCGGUAGCGCUGGCGCUAGCGCCGGGACUGGCGGUGAUCUUUCCUUGAAUCUUCGCGGUGGAUCGCGAGGCACCUCCGCCCCGUCUUCCCCGGCCAAGUCAAGGGAGUCACUUCUGCAGCGCGUGCAAUCACUGACAGGCGCUGCACGUGAUCAAGGAGCUAAUUUAUUAGGAAGCGUUACAUCUGUAGCUUCGGUUGGCCGAGGGUAUAAUCGCGACCGGUGUGUCACGCUACUAGUUGUUGACGAUCAAAAUACCGAUUGGUCGAAGUACUUCCGCGGACGCCGCUUGCCUGGCGAGUGGGAUAUCCGCGUGGAACAGGCUGAAUUCCGUGAAUUGUCUGUGACGGCGAAUUCCGAUGGAUCAAACGUGUCUAUGGCGGUCUACCGCAGCGGAACUAAAGUAACUCGUUGCUUUAAGCCAGAUUUCGUGCUGGUGCGGCAGAACGUCCGCGACGCUGGCGCUGACCACCGAGCAUUGCUUCUUGGUUUGAAGUUUGGCGGUGUGCCUUCUAUUAACAGCCUUAACUCCAUCUAUCAUUUCCAGGACCGACCAUGGGUGUUUGGACAUUUGCUCCAGUUGCAAAGACGUCUUGGCAGAGAAAAUUUCCCUCUUAUCGAGCAGACCUACUAUCAUAACCACACAGAUAUGGUAACGGCGCCGAAGUUUCCAGUGGUGAUCAAGAUCGGGCACGCGCACAGCGGCGUGGCCAAGGUGAAAGUGGACUCUUUGGCCGACUUCCAGGAUAUAGCAGGUGUCGUUGCUAUGUUGGGAACAUACUGCACUGUGGAACCAUAUAUCGAUGCUAAGUAUGAUAUCCAUAUUCAAAAAAUUGGUACCAACUACAAGGCCUUCAUGCGCAAAUCUAUAUCUGGUAAUUGGAAAACCAAUCAAGGAUCGGCAAUGCUUGAAGCUAUUGGCAUGAAUGAUAGAUACAAAAUGUGGAUUGAUGAGGUGAGUGAGAUAUUUGGCGGUCUUGAAGUUUGCGCCUUGGAACUGGUAGUCGGGAAGGACGGUCGCGAGCAUAUCAUUGAGCUCAAUGAUUCGGCCACUUCGUUUAUGGGAGAUACUCAAGAGGAGGACCGGCGCUAUCUUUCAGAACUUGUCUUCCAACGUAUGCAGUCCGUUUGCCGACCUGGAAUUACCAAGACUACUUCCCGGAGCUCUGUGUCCGGUAGCGGCGCAGCAUCACCCGAGGAUCGCCCUGGAGCGCCGGGUGGUCCACCAAGUGUACCUCCCCCAGUUCCUCUAGCUACUGCUACCAGCAUCGAUCGCCCUCUGCCACCGAUACCAGCGGAACCCUCUCAGCCACCACCACCACCGCUCACUCGCCGCGAUUCUCAAGUCUCUCAAUCCUCGACCGUAUCAUCCGCAUCAGGAGCGCCGAGCACGGCUAGCGCAGCGGCGCCUGCGGGAGGCGCACAGGCGCCGACUCAGUCCGCCGCCGGCACGAGCGCGCGCGGAGGAUUUGCACGACAGGGCUCACUCAGCGCCACGCUUACCGAAGACGCGGAGGACACUAUGAAAAACUUGCGCAAGACUUUCGCGGGAAUAUUCGGAGAUAUGUAACACAGCAGCAAAUCUGUCCCGCGUUAGGUCACACUGGCCCAAUAAAACCGACUCCGUUAACGGUUUUAAGUUUACUUGGCUUUUCAUAUGCUAACCUUUGUUAACAGUGUCGACGUAAUUUUUCGUGAUAUGAUUUUGUAAAACAGCUUCAAUUGAGGAUAUAUAUUAAAAACAUGAAUACGCUAGAACGAGUCUUGUAAUAAAAUACAGGCACAUGUAAGAUCGAAACUUACUAAACAAGAUCUAUAAUAUCCAACGUUAGCAUAAUUUCACAAAGAGUCUAAAACAUCUACUUCUGUUAACCAGUACUAAAAAAGUUGUUGUUAGUUGAAUAAUAAAAUUCAAACGUUUAUUUAUGUUCUUUCUAUGAUCGUAAAUAUAGAGUAAAUUUGUACGUACCAGUAAUAAAGUUUACAAUUUGUCAUAGGUGCGAAAUCGUACUGCAGAUUCCGUAAGAAUAGUUUAAAUGUAAUAUAAUGAUAGAUUUUUUACAAUAAGUUUAUUAUAAAAGUACGAAUCAACUGAGCUACAUUGUGAUCGAACCCGUUCGAUGCGUUGUCCGUCGCAACUCGCAUCUUGCACUCUUAUAAGUAGAGAGACCUACUAAUAUAACUAACGUAGCGAACUUACAAAUUCUUUGUUAGUGUGCUAAAGAAACCUUCGUGGCACAUUAUAGUUUGUGGUAGUAGGUGGCACAUUUGUCUUCAUAACUUCAGAAUUGAUUUCAAUUUCAUGAUAUCGCUAGUUUUCUUUAAAAAGGCAUAAGCUUUGAAAUCGACGAUAUUUAACGGAUAAAAUGAAUUAAUGUUUAUCAUAAAACAACGGUGUGAAAUGGUAGUGAGAGUGGCGUGGAAUGUUAUUAACAUAAUAUAUAAGCGUUGGAAACAUUAACAUUAACUCUAAAAUCGUUAAUUUUUAAUCUAUAAUUCUUCAUUUAUCUUCUAUAUGAAUCUACACAGAAAUUCAAUAGUUAGCAUCUGGUUAUCUUAUUAUGAAAUGCCGCAACCUAUUUAACGAUGUCUCCUAGUUAAUAUAAAAAUAUCAUCGAUUAUAUAUGACCUAUUAAAUGCAUAUAACCAUUUUCACUUUAUCCUAUUUAUCUAUUUAAUCAAAUAUAUAAGUUCGGAACUGUGUUACCAAGAUGAGGAUGGUCAGUGGCCGUGGACAAGUCUUGACGGAAUGUUGUAAGCAAUGCUAUUUAAGACAAUAUUGUUGAAUGCAAAAAUUUAUCCACAUUUUAUAUAUCUUAUUACUAGUUGUAUCUUGUAGUUAUAAGUAGUAUUGUUGUACUUGUGUGUUUCCUUACGCAAUACAUUUAGAGUUAUGCUUAGUCAUUAAUUUUAGUGACGGUUCAUUGUUUAACCGUAGCGAUAUCAAGUUCCGAGAAGAGUUUAUUUUCUUAUUAAUUUUAAACAGGUAUUGAUUUUGAAACGUACCUAGUUUUACACAGUGAAAACGUUUUAUCUAAGCUUGAGAGCAAAUGUUCGAGUCGUCAUAUCGAAGGAAAUGUAUGUUGUUAUUGAAUCGUUAUCUUAUAUACUGCGCUUUAAUAGCGAUUUAUUAAAAUCUAUUUCAUAUUAAGCUUUAUAUAGCAAAUAUCAGUAGCUUAUUAAUAUUAAUAUAUUCAAAUGUUUAAUUGAAAAACGUUUGACGGAUCGACAUGAUUGCAUCACAUAAAACUCAAUAGUCAAUCAAUAACAUAAAUAAACAUAUUCAUUUUAAAUCUUUUCACUUGUUACAAUACAACGAAUAUAAUAUAUGUAUGCGUAGAGAUGUACGUUGCAAACGAUAGAAGGAAAUUGUAAUCGCUUAUAAUUCCUAUUACUUUUGGAAUUCGAAUAAUCCAAGUUGUUCGACGUAUGUAUUGUUAAAGCUUUGAUAUUAAACCGUACAUCCUAUAAUACUUAGAUUAUAUUUAUAUACGCACUUGUAGCAGAAUUUUAACACGAAUACUUUAGCUAUAAUUAAUAUAUGAAAUGCGCAAUUAGAUGACUAUAAUAAAAAUAUUGAUAUCACGGUACGUUAAAUGAUUGAAUAUCGUUGAGUUUUUGAUGUAUCGAUUAUGUUAAUUUUAUAUUAGACUGUUCUGCGUUUAUUACUAUUAAGAUAUAUAAUAUAAACACUAAAUAUAACGCUGUUGUUGUUGUUGCUAAACAAGUUAUACAAUGUAUACUUACUCAUAUAUAAUAUGGCCGUUAGAUUUGUCGCGAUCAAAUAUGGGCACAUUAUAACAAUGAAAUUAAUUGAAAUUGAAACGUAUUUGUAAAAUCCUACCAAUAGGAGUGUGUAAUGGAAAAAUAAGAGCCCUAAUUUUAUCAUGAUAAUCUUCGGUCAGUAUGUAAUAUAGACAUGUGUGUCACGGUUUUUUAUUAUUUACGGUGACUUUCUUAAAUUAUACUACCUACUUAAAUUUAAGUUUUAUUAAUAAGUAAAAAAAUAGUAUCCUACUAUAAGGUAUAUUAUUAAAAAAACAAUCCUUCCAAAAUGAUUUAAAACUUCUGAAAGAAACGUACGAGAAUAAUUAAUUGGUUGACUGAAAAUACCUUUUUGAUACUUUUGUUACUUGUCAAGUGACAUCCAUGUCUACUCGAAUGUAAUAUUAUAAUGGAAUUUGAAUGCAUGUUAAUCUAUAUUAUAAUAAAUAUAUAUUAAAUAAAUACCUCUUUUGGUAAGUCAAUA